AUAAAUGAUUACGCUCAGACUCAAUGUAAUAUUAUCUACAGACUGAAAUACCAUAUAUCAACAACCGGCCAGUACAUAUAAUAUCUACAGCAACGUGUCCAAUACUUGGUUCAGUUUACUCUGACUCUAUUAUAUCGCCAUAUCAUGCAGAAUUUUAAGGUGUUGAAUGUGCAGUGCUUCGGCGUCGUGGCUGCGUUGAUGAUACUGUCAGUGGCGGCGGACGAACCGGUGGCGGAACCGUCGCUUUACUCGGCCGCGUACUUGCCGCCGAAACCAGUGGUCGUGGUCGGCGGCCCUGUGCAUUACAACAGCCCGUACGACGGCGCCGUGGCCAGCACGUCGACAAGCGUGUUCCGGACGCUCGGCCAUCCGGGGGGACAGGUGUCCGCCGUCCACAAAACCGUCGACACGCCGUACUCGUCCGCGCACAAGUCGGACGUGCGCUACACCAACGACGUGCAGCUGCCGUAUCACCAUCACCCGGCCGCGAUCCCAUACGGUUACGGCCCGGCAGCCGUCCCGUACGGCCACGGACCUGUCGCAGUCCCGUACGGCCACGGACCGGUCGCAGUCCCGUACGGUUACGGUCCGACCGCUGCCGUCCCGUACGGUAGUCAUCAUGGGCUGGUAGCUGCACCGUACGGCCACGGUGCCACCGUCGUGACUCCGCACUCUGUCUCGCACGCCAGUUUCUCCGGACCCUACGGAACCCACUACUCGUACAGACGGUGAUUUGGGCGAUUCGUAUUUGUUUAGUAAAUCGCGAACAAUUCGGCCGGGCUGUAAUAUUAUUACACAUGUAAUAUGUAUAUUAAAUUAUUAACUUAAUGUGACGAUAAUGGUUGUACCGACGUUCUUUAUUAUAAUUUAAGCAAUUUAUUUAUUGUAUAACAUUAUGUGACGAAAAAAUAUAUUUAAAAACAAUACACUACGAAAA